AUGUUUGAAUUGGCAACUCAAUUUGCCGGGUGCUACAAUAAUGCUUCAGAAAAUCACUCGAACGCUCAACCCUCCGAGGGUAUCAUCCUCUUUCUGACGUACGUUCAGCCAAUCGUUGCGGUUGUCGGAAUUCUGGGCAACUUAAUUGUGAUCAUACUACUGAAUUCAACGUCAAAGGAGACAGCCUGCAUCUUCUACCUCCGCUGUUUGGCUGUGUUUGAUUGCAUUUCUGUAACAGCCUUCCAGUGCAGCUUCUAUCCCCUCAUGGUCCUGAAAGUGUUCCUCAUGUCACGGUUUGGACCGACUUUCAAGGCCAUUGACAUGUACUUCGCAAAACCCGGUGUCUGCCAGGUCACUGUAUUCGUCUCCUUCACAUCCCGCACGCUUUCAACGUGGACGGUCGUCGUGUUCACGGUGGAACGCCUCGUUGCCGUGGUGUGGCCGCUGAAGGCGAUCAAGUGUUUUACCCUGCGGCGCUCCCAACUCCACAUCCUCAUCACCAUCUUCCUCAGUCUUCUAGUCAACACGCCGUGGAUCUUCGCUCUUGAAACAGUUCCUGACCCCUGUGGUACGGAAGAAUUCGUCUGUCGACCGAACGAGGUGCUCAACAUCAAUCGCAUCGUUGAAGUCCUCUUUCUCUCCGUUCUGCCAGCUACUGUGAUCUGCACAUGCAACGCCGUCAUUCUCUACAAAAUUCGUCACCACAGACGGCCUGGAGCAGACACUGAGAGCCACCCAGUUCACGGUUUCUUCGUUGCGCAUUUUUCCACAACCAUGCAACUGCUCACCGUGUCCUUCUGCUUUGUCACGCUAACCCUGCCCUCCGCUGCCAUCAACGUGAUCCAAACGUUCAACCACUUCUUCGACACGUGGAAGGACUCGUCCGGAGUGCUGGCGGACACCUAUUAUAUCGCCUGGUUCCUAUUCAUGAUCAACUUGAGCAGCAACUUCUUCGUCUACUGCCUAGUGAGGAAAACCUUCCGCAAAUCGGCUCUGGGUCUCUUCAGACGCCGACGCCUCUUUUACCCCUAUCGACGCGAGACCUCAACACGACAGAUUGCUCAAAACGAGACGACUAGUUAG